AUGAUGUUUUUACGCUCUUGAAAAGUGUGAUGGAGGGAAAGGACGUCCUACCUCUGUCAUCUGUGCUGGGCGAAUUGCACAGGCGCUUUUCUUUUCCUCCUCCUCUACUGGUUCCUUGUCUGGCCAAAGAGAAUCGUCCUCGCUCGUCCUUGGGGCGAGCGGCCUCUUCUGUAGGACUGCUAUUUAAUGCUGUGCUAUCCGAAACUGCUGGCGCUGCUGACUCCCCUUGGCCAUGCCUGCAGGAGUAUCUUGGCCUCGCUACCUGAAAAUGCUGACUGCCAGUAUGUUGGCCAUGUUCGCUGGUGCAGAAAUUGUUCACAGAUAUUAUAGACCUGAUCUUUCAAUACCUGAAAUUCCCCCCAAGCCUGGAGAACUCAGAACAGAGCUCUUGGGUCUCAAGAAAGAAAAUCAACAAGUUCAACCUUCACAACAGUGACUGUACACAAGAAAGUUUUUGUAUUCCUUCAUCAAUUGCUCUUUAAUAUCUAUAAUUCAACUUAAACAACUGGACAAUGUUGUUUGAAUACAAGGGAAAUUACCA